CCGCCUUAGUUUCAUAUAAAUGCGUCAAGCAAAUCACGGUCAUCUUGAUUCGACUGACCAUCAUCGCAAUCAUCUAGAGCAGACAGUAAAUUUCAAGACAUUGGCUUACAGGUCGCAAUACCUCGACAGCACCAUGGCAAGAUUCGUCCUGUCCCUUCUGAUUGCUGGACUGGUAGCUUCGGCAGACGGUCAAUGGGGCGGCACCCAACAAGACCAACAAGGGGGAGGCACCCAACAAGACCAACAAGGGGGCGGCACCCAACAAGCCAAUCCCAUCCAAGACGUAAUCGACACAGUUAACAGGGGCUGGGAGAUUUCCCCCGGCGUUACAGUCCGGCCGACCUUUGACCCCGGCUCUGUAUCGGUUGGCAUCGAGGUCAGAAUCGAAUUCAAGAGGUCUGUGAGUCAGCCGACAAAAGAGGGCGCUUUCUCCCUGCUCGAUAUCGAUGGUAACGGCGCCCUGUCUGUCGAGGAGUGGCACGCCCACGAAGGGGGCGUGGUCAACUUCACUGCAUUUCUGAAGAGCGUGGAUACGGACGGAAAUGAGGAGAUUUCUUGGGCCGAGUUUCAGACAGUUAACCGCGUCUACACCAAGAACUAAUGUACCCAAGCACCCAAGUUGAAGUCUUGUGACGACGAUAUGGCUUUAACUUACAUAAUUACAGCUCGAACUUAACUCUGUACACAGAAUUAGACAAUUUAUAUUGAAAACUACGACAAUAAUCGUAUCUCUUUAUAUUUUUCUCUUUCCGCUUGAAGUAAAGUUCCUCUGUUUUGGGUUGAAAAAAGGCUUUAUUAAGAACCUGUUCCUUGACCUAGGUCCAAUUAUUACAGCAGGAUAGCUGGAAAAGUGUUUCAAGCAUUUAUGGUGUGUUAAGCAGGCUUUACACGGGACUUCGUAGCCACAGGGAUAGCCGGGACCCUGUGUCCCCCCCCCCCCCCUCUUCCCCUAUACCACCCUCUCCCCCAAGAAGAGGAGUUUAGACGACUAUAGUUUUAUAUCAAUGAUAUAGUCAUUCCAUUUCCCUAUGUGGAUGUGAAAUGUGAUUUAAAGACGUACGACAAGGGAAAAGAACGCCUCUAGCGUCAAAUAAGGUCCAGCCCCCCCCCCUACUUUCUCUCUCGAUCCGCCCUUGGGCCCCUCCCAUAAAUGCUGAUGCCACCGGGGCACCACUAAUGGGAGAUUUAGGAGACUCUCGCUGCCAAUAAUAUUGUUUGCAUCAUUUUGAACAUGCGCACAUUAGCUUCCACAUGACGUAAACAAUUGAAUAGAACCGGUGGGUUUGCCACACUCAA